AUGGACAAAAGUAACUCACUCACUCAAACACACAAAAAAUCUUUUGUUAAAUUAAUUAAUGUUACCUCAUCGAAAAUUUUCUUGUUUGAAAAAGGAAAAUUCACACUCAAAAAUUGCGACGUGUCAAUACUCACAAACCUUCCAGUAGACAAAAAGAUGGAGGCUUUGGCGGAGUACAAAAAACUUCAAAUUAUAGGACCGGACUGGUCUAUUUACAGUGAAGAAGGAAGUGACAUCGUUCUGAAAAUCAUUUUUAGUAAUCAAAUUUUCACCAAAAUUUUAAUAUUAAACGCUACAAAAGUGCCUUCAUUUGAUAACGUCGAAGUUCAAUUGAUGUUUCAUAAUAGUUGUAUGCCACGUGAAACUCGUAUUGAAAAGGCCAAACAAGUCACUAUAGAACCAUCUGAUGUUCAUAUAGGGUACAAGGAAAACAGUGCAUACAAUCUAAUAUGUAAAGAUGUAGAUAAAGUUGUAUCUUCAAUUUACCAAGUUGUGUACAAAGGCCAAAAUUAUAAUUCAAAUGAAAAUCAAAAGAAUAUAUUUAAAUUAUUUUUCAAUGUUUAUGGAAAUGUCAAGCAAUGCGGGUGCAGCUUCUACUGUCACACGGAAGGGGUGCAUCCAAUCACUUUUGAUGUUUUACUUCAAGAUGCAUUUGUUGUUAUCACUCAAAAAUCGAACAUUGUUGAUCUCCUGUUUAUUAAAGCUACCAACAUUUUUAUUGAGACAAAACCAAAGUAUUUUGCUAAGACUUUAAUAGUUCACGAAUUGGUGAAAAGUCUUGAUUUGGGGAAAGCCAAGUUUGAAGAAAUUCGUGGCGAUAAAGAUUUAAAAGUAAUUAAUAAAAUCAACACCAAAGCUUCUAAUCGAUUAAAAUAUGUUUACACUGCAAAAAAGGAAAAAGAAAAAAUCAGUUGGGCAAAAUGUGAAACUAUUGUGUGUGAAAAGGGUGUCAAAAGUCUUGUUGUAAAAUCAUGUGAUGACCUUGAAAAAAUUGUGCUUUGUGAAGACGUUCAAAAAGUUCAUAUACAAGCAUGUAAAAAGUUAAAUGAAAUCACAAAUAAACCAAGUGUCUUGUCUGAAGUGAUUAAAGACUGUCCACGUUAUAAACCGACACAAACACAAUAA